UGAAAAUACUGUGUCUGAUUUUGCUUUUGCAUGCAAGUCUCCAGCUCCAGUGUAAUAAUAGAGAGAUUACAGCACAUAUUGGAGGUGACUUCAUUCUUAACUGCAAAUAUGACACAAACCGAUUCAGGUACAGUAAAAAGUACUGGUGCCGAGGAGACAACAAAAACACCUGUGAGAUUCUGGUGGACUCAGAACUCGUUGCUAAAACCAGACAGAGGUUUCAAAUAAUAGACGCAGCAAAAAGAGGGCUGUUUGUCAAAGUCACAAACCUCCAAUUUGGUGACACUGGAGUGUACUGGGUUGGGAUUGACAAAGUGUAUGCCGACAUCAUGACUAUGAUUAAUAUUCAUAUCACUGAAGUUCCAGUAUCUAAACCCAGACUUUGGCCCCUGAGCUCUCUGGUGGCCAUGCCAACAUGCAGGGGGCAGCCAGUGACUGUGCGCUGUGGUUGUACAAAGGGCACUGGCAUUCGUUAUGCCUGGUAUCAACGCACUCACCACGAGGACUUACGUCUUGGCCUGUCAUCAGACUUGCACCUACACUGCGGCAAUGUGGAGAAGGACAGUGAUUAUUACUGUAUUGGCAGUAAUGACAUAAGUAGACAGGAGAGCGAGAUCCUCUCUGUGCAGGUUCUGAUGCCUGCAGACAGCAGCUGCAUCUAUGUUGUUAAUAUGCAGGGCCAACCCAUUUAUGACUGUGCUGACGGAAAGAGCACCACCGUGUCCCAAACUCCACCUCUGACCACUUGCCAAGCCACCACCAAAAUCCACACUGUCACAGGAAACCAGUCUUUACAGAUCAAUCAAACUCAUCAAAAUCUGUUUUUAAACAGGGCAUGGACAGGGGUGCCACUCUGGUAUGCACUGCUACGUUGGGGUUCUUUUGCUUCCUUGUUGAUAUAUCUGUGCCUAGUUCUUAAAUGUACAAAAACAAGACAUUAGAAAACAUGUCAAGAGGAAGAGUAAAGUUCAUUUCAAGCGAAUGCCCAAUUUGGCUCAGUGAGCUUCAUUUUAGAGUGGUAGUUCUGUGAAAGUCAUAUCAGCCUCUGUGGCAUUUGUUUUGUGGUUUUAUUGUCUAGGUCAUAAUGAGUGUCAGCAUGUUUA